AUGCCCUCGCGCGGCACAGAUAAAUCCUUUGCUUGUGAUACAUCCCCGGUGGCUCGAAAAUACCCUUUGCGAUCGAAGGCAUCGUGCAAGGAUUCUACGUCGCCUCUCGAGUCGCGCGAUGAGGACAAAGAAGGCGGGGCAGAGGGCUAUCAACGCCGGCACGGAGCAGGAGCCAGCGUCGACAAGGGAGAGAAGGACUCCAGCAGGAAGAACAAAGGCAAAGGCAAAGGCACCGAAGGCUCUGCUCCGGCGCCCACGAAACAAUACUGCACACAAGCCUGCCUUCUCGGCCUCAAGCUGGGUCGUGAACUAGACAGCAGGUGCCCCAAUGUGCUCUAUCACGGUGUUGGCGGCAACACACGCCACCCGAUCGACGCUCAGGAGUUGACUAAACUCAUGAGCGAGCAGCUGCAUCAGGACCCCUACGGGAGCUGUGAUGCCCUCAUCGGCCGGCGCAAAUAUGGUUCUAGUGGAGUGCUGUUCAAGUUAGAACUGGCACGCUUCGGCUACACUUUUGUCGGCAAGGGCACCGUGUCCGCACGUCCGAGGCGCCUGGAGCAUGAGUGCAGUAUCUAUCAGCGACUUGAAAAGCUUCAGGGCGACGUGGUGCCUGUUCACCUGGGCAUGGUCUCGUUCCGUCCUGGCUACCUCUUGCCUGGCGGUGCGUACGUGAUCCAUAUGAUGUUGAUGUCAUGGGCUGGGGUGACGAUGGAUAUGACGCGGUCAAAUCUGGAACGGGAGGUGCAGCGAUCCAUACAAACGAUCUAUGAGCAUGGUGUGAACCACUUAGACGAACGAGAGCCCAACCUGCUCUGGAACGCUGAGCGAUGCCGCGUGAUGGUGAUCGAUUUCGAUCAGGCAACCGUCCUACCACCACCCAAACACAAACGAUUGUCUAAACUUUCCAAGGCGGGAAGGAAACGAAAGGGGGAUGAGUUUAGCUCUAACAGCACGAAGCGGGGUGUGCCGGGCUUAGACACGUUCGCGCCGGGGAAGGAUCUCAUGCGAUAA